AUGGCGACAAAUAUCAACCGGCUAUGCCUUCUCUCAAGAAGCAAUUCCACGGCACCUUUCCUAUAUCAAACACGCACACUUACACCACUCUCAUCCGCGGCUCGGAACCAAUUCAAUCGUCGUUUUCCGCGCUCUUUUUCUACCCAGAACAAUGCCGAGGCCAAUGAUGCAACAGAAAACAAAUCAUUAGCGGAGGAUAACACAAGUCAGAAUGCUUCUGAACAACCAAUUACCAACAGCUCAAAGACCGAGGCAGCUCCGAAACCGCGACGAAGCUAUCUGCAGAAACGCGCAGCAUCUGUAUCUGAAAGGCCUAGCCUCAGACCGUCUGUCGUGAAGAAGACAACGAAGAUAGCACCGAAGAUCACCAGCCAGGAGAAAUUGAUAUUCGGAGGACUCUUAGAGCAGCUUGGAUUCAAACACGAUGGGGAAACUACCGAGGCGAGCUCAUCGACACCAAUGAGCGAGGAGAAGAAAGCCGAAAUGGCAGAGCUCAUGUCGGUGUUUGACAAUCUGCUAAAAGACCCAAGACGAAAGAGGGCAGAUACGAAAGCCAAGCAGCAGGCGAAGGACGACUACUCCUCUUACCGACGACCAGAGAAGUCAGAAACGGAAGAACAAGUCCCAGCAGAGAACCAAGGUCCAAAGCGAAUCAAGCUCCGCGAUCUGGGCUAUACCGAGCCCGCCACAGCCACCGCCGCCGAAGUAACCGUCAGCCUGCGGCGGGCGAUAGAGAUCGUCGUGCAAGCAGAAUCCGAGCAUAUCGAAUUCGCACUUUUCCAAGCUAUCGAGGAAGGCAAGGGCGAUCUGGGCGUGUGGGAGGUCUGCAAAGAGCGCAUCUUCUCCAUGCUGCGCCACCUGGACGAGAAAUCUCUCGUGGAGGCUUCAGACCCGGAGAGUGUGAGCACAGCAGACCAGCCCGAACCACCCACCCGGCCAUCAGGACCCCUCCGCGUCCCAGCCGUUGUCCCAGUCGCCCCCGUCGUAGUAGCUCUAUACCCGAAGACCCUCCUGAUCGCCUUCCGCGUGCUGAACACGCACUUCCGCGAAUCCCCACUCAUCCCUCAAUUCCGCUCGACGAUCAAAGAGUACGGCCGUGUGUCUACUUUCCUCGGUGCUUCCUCUGGAUUGUACGAUGAGUUGAUCCACUACCACUGGCGCGUAUGCAAGGAUCUUCCCGCUGUAACAUCGAUCCUGCGGGAGAUGAACCAGCUGGGCAUCAACCCGAGUAGCAAGUCCCGCGGCAUGCUGACUGCACUUAUUAUUCGCCAUGCCCGGGACGUGGAGGCUCAUCGGACAUCCCCGAGCGAGAAAGAUUUCUUCUGGGAUAUUCCGUCGAACAAGGAGGCUUUCGAUGAGCUUACCCGUAAGGAUGGCUGGAUGGAUCAGAUCGAGGCGCGUUCGGAGGAAGAGGCGAAGCAACGCGAGGCUGCUCUGACGUUCCGCAGCUAA